AUGCCGCCAAAGGCCAAAAUCGAAAAGGCCGACGCCCCCGAGGCCUUCACCCCGGAAAGAUUCGAGAAGGAGCUCAAGAACCUGGCGGCCAAGGCGAAGGGUGAGACUAGGGGCAAAUUCUUUAAGGAACAAGCUUCGGUAUAUCUCAAGACCGCCAUCCUGCUGAGUCUCGCAGCCGUCUACAGCAAUGUCUCUCAGCUGGCCCUCUCACCCGUUUACGGCUCCAUCCCGUCGUCCAUUUACCAUGCAAAGCUCGUCAUGGUGGCCUGCUUCUUCGGUUGGUCGGGCAAUGUGUUCCUGAACCGCUCACUGCCUUUCAAGACCGCGAGUCUGCUGCCCGUCAUCGCCCUCUGGAUUCCCGCAAUUCAGUUCUACCUGUACAAGACCAGCGCGACUCUUACGGCGAGCUGGGGGCCAUUGGCUACCGAGGCCGUCACGUUGUUUCCCUUGGUUUUGAUAUCCGUCAGCUGCGUCGCGACUGAGCUGGAAAAGGCGGAUCUAUCAAAGCUGCCCAAGUUCCUUGCCGACGCCGGCCCCGGCCUGGGAUCAUGGGGAUUCUUCAAGUUCAUGGAGAAGCUGUCGGGAGACUACCUGCAGGCGUACGUCGGCAAGUCGUUCUUCCAGACCAGAAUCGGUCUUGAGGCACUCCUGGCCGCCUCGUACUCCAUCUACGCCCCCUCCAAGCUGCUCCUGUUUGCCAUUCCGGCUCUUCUUCACACUGCGGUGCUCAACACGCACGCCAUUACUCCCAUGGCCACGGCAUCGCUCAACACUACCUUGCUGGCAGACGACUGGUUCCUGCUGGACCGCAAGGAGUCCAUCACCGGGUACAUUUCUGUGCUCGAGAGCAUCAAGGACGGGUACCGCGUCUUGAGAUGUGACCAUUCUCUGCUUGGUGGCGAAUGGGUCAAGCACAAGGGUCCCAUCGUCGCUGAGCCUAUUUAUGGCGUGUUCGUCAUGCUGGAAGCUGUCCGCCUUGUCAAGACCAAGAACCCCGUUCCCGACAGCGAGGCCAAGGCCCUCAACAUCGGCCUUGGAAUUGGCACUACCCCCGGUGCUUUGAUUACCCACGGCAUCGACACGACAAUUGUCGAGAUCGACCCCGUUGUGCACGAGUUCGCCUCCAAGUAUUUUGAUCUGCCGUCAAACCACACCCCCGUCAUCGCAGAUGCCGUGAGCUACACGGCCAAGCUCGCAGACGACCCCAGCGCGAGAUACGAUUACAUCGUCCACGAUGUCUUCACCGGAGGCGCCGAGCCCGUUCCUCUGUUCACUCUCGAGUUCCUCCAGGGCCUCAACUCACUCCUCAAGCCCGACGGAGUGAUUGCCAUCAACUACGCCGGAGACUUCCUCCACCCUGCCCCCAAGCUAGUUGUCGACACCAUCAAGCAGGUCUUCCCCUCUUGCCGCAUCUUCCGCGAGUCAGAGCACCCUAGCAAGAAGAAGCUCGAGGAAGAGGGCCAGGACUUCACCAACAUGGUCAUCUUCUGCAAGAAGACGAGCGGCAAGCUCUUCUUCAGGAAGCCCGAGGAGGAGGAUUUCCUGCAGAGCCGCACCCGCAAGGUCUUCCUGCAACCCCGGCACGAGGUCCUCCCCAAGCACUUCCUGGACGGCGACUUUGGUCUCUUGAGGAACAACGCUACCGAGCAGCUGACCAAGUGGCACGAGAAGAGCGCGUUGGGACACUGGGAGGUCAUGCGCUGGGUCUUGCCUGCUCGUAUCUGGGAGCAGUGGUGA